UUUAAAUUCAAUAGGUCGCGCUACUCAAGAUUUAACACAAUGCAGUAAUUUUCCAGGCUUCUGUAGAUGGAUGAGAAGGAUGUCUGUAGAAGUUGGAGCUUUAGAACAUUCCAAGUCCAGAAGAAAGAGAAAGUUCUGCACACCAGCAAGGCGAGUAGAGCUGAGCGACCAAGACACAGAUUCAGAUGAAGGUGAUGUAGAGUCCUAUACCUACAUCUUGGAUGACGAUGAGCAGGAGACUUCGCAAGACCGCUUCCAAAACUCUCCAACUCAGACGAUAGAAAGUUCAUCAGAUGGAUACACUAAUGGCUCUACAGAUCUUGAUAAAGAUGUAAUGCCAUCAGAAAAUAAUAAUGUAGAAACUUUCAAAGUUAUCUCACAGGAUGCCUUUCCCAUUUCAAACAAUGGCUAUAUUGUUCCAACAGAUGGGACUUUGCCCCCAGGCAUGCAUUUGGUUUUUGUUCCAGACAGCGCCAAAGAGGAGUUCAUCAAGAAAUCCUCGCUGUGUUUCGAUAGAUAUGACCGAGGCUUGGCUGAUAAUUCCAAACCAUUUAUCGUACAGCCAGUCAGUGGAGUUAAUGGUUUUGUGAUGACUAAGUCGAAUCCUAUGAACAAAGUACCUCUUGAUGGUUUAGGUGCUGAAAAUACUGGUAAACUAGACAUUCAUGUAGAUAAAGGAGAUAAUGCCUACAUCACAAUAAAUCCAGAAUACUAUGACAAUCAGGGCAGCCUUGAUGCCGACAUUGCGGAAGCUCUGACAGGGAUAGGCAACACCAACAAUGAGGAUGAUGAAAGUAAUGUCCAAAACAGUUCUAAAAAUGAGGCCAACAAGAUAAAAACUUUAAUCAAAAGACACUGUAAAUUUGAGUGCAAUCGAUGCGAUAAGAGAUAUAAACGACAGUUUGACCUCAAUGCUCAUAUGCGAACACAUGAUGGGCAAGAACCAUUUUCAUGCUCACAGUGUGGAGAGAAAUUCAAUUAUCUUCACCUUUACAGAAAACAUGUGAAUCAGCAUAAUUCAGAAGACAAAGGAACUGAAUGUAAAGAGUGCGGUCUUAAGAUUCGUUUCAAGAGCCAUGUCAAAGUUCACAUGAGAACCCACACAGGUGAGAAGCCCUACAAAUGUGGAGUCUGUGGACGAGCUUUUGCACAGAGCUGUAUACUGACAACUCACAUGAGAACCCACACAGGUGAAAAGCCAUAUAGGUGUGAUGAGUGUGGUAAAGGGUUUGGACAGGCAAGUACGCUCAAGAUUCACAAGCGAACACACUCUGGAGAUCGUCCUUACAAAUGCACCAUGUGUGACAAAGCAUUCAACCAAAGCGGCCACCUAAAUCUACAUAUCAGGACUCACACAGGUCACAAACCAUUCAAGUGUGAAGUCUGUGGCAACAUGUUCAAUCAACGCUGUCAUUUGCGUCUGCACAUGAAGCGCCACACUGGCGAGCGUCCAUUUAAGUGUGAUAAGUGUGACAAAGAAUUCCUCCAGAACUGUGAACUUGUCAAUCAUAUGCUUUCCCAUUAUGGAGAAAAGCGUGCCUAUAAAUGCCAGGUUUGUGACAUGAUAUUUGCGCAGAAAGAGCAAUUUACUGUUCACUUAAAAUGCCAUGAUCCUAAGACUCUUGGAGAUGUUAAACCCUAUGGAUGUAAUGUAUGUGGCAAUGCUUAUUCCCACCAAGCUGAUCUUUUCCUCCACAUGAAAAAUCACCAAGACACAUCUAAAGCCUUUGAGUGUAAUAUUUGUGGCUGUGCUUAUGCUCAGCAGAAUGAUCUUAGAAUGCAUAUGAAAAACCACAAAAAUGAAAAAUCAUUUGAAUGUAUCACAUGUAGCAAAGUUUACACUCAAGAAUCUGAUCUGAAGCAACACAUGAAAAUUCACCUGGAUUGUGAAGUCAAAUCUGAAUCUGUACUCGAAUGAGUUUAUUAUGAUCAGCAUUUUCGAUUAAGGUACAAAAAUGAAUGGCUAUUUCUGUGUCACCUGAAGCAGAGUACACUUAGGGAUCACUUAGCAAACUGAGGGAUUGUUAAAUUAAACCUUACAUUAAUAAAUUAAGAAUAAAUAUUUCUAAUGAUUUUAGUUUUUUUAAUUUACGAAAAAUAACAUUCUAUUCUAUCGCAGUCUUAAUAUCCAGGGGUUUUUUUGUCUGACAAAUGCAUGAAUUAUUAGUAUGGAAAGAAGUAGCUUGACCAAAUAAAUUUUUAUUGCUGCUAUAGCAGGUGACACAUGCACUCCUUGGACACAAGUUUAAUACAUAUUUAAUGUUAUAAUAAAUUAAUUUUUUGAAAAAAAAAAAGGGGGGGGGGGAAUAGAAUAGAGCAGUUCUGACUUCUUAAAAAAUUUGUGAAUUGUUUCUUUAAUGUGACACAAAAUUUAGGGUUGUGAUACGCUUUUCAGGAUUUUAUUGUUGAUGGAAGUGAUGUGAUUUAUUUGUGUUUCCCACAUAACAGAUAAGAAACUUAGUCUCUGGAACUAUAUUGUGAUCUGACAUAAUAUUCUCCUUCAAACAUGAAGAUAUCAUAUCACUUUACUUCUUGAUUCAUCAUGAAAAUAGCCAGUGCAAUGAAACACAGCAUUGCAAUUGACAAAAUAAGAUUUUUAGAAUUUCAUCUCCAUUCAGAUUUUCAAAAGGUUGGGAAGGAAUCAUGAAAAUUGACUAUCUUGAGGUUUUUGAACAAAGUUAAGUACACGAGUUCCUUUAGCAAGAAUCUUUUUUGGUUAUGAUGCAUGUCUUGAGUUUUAUGUCUUAUACAUGUAUUUUUAAUUCCAUUAUUGUCACAUUCAUAAUGAACAAACAUAUCAAAAACCUUCUCUUUUUUUUGAUGAACAGAACAUUAUUUUUUUAUGGUUAAUGUGCAUUUUUCUAACCUGUGUUUAUUAGAUUUAGUAAUCAUUAUGUGUGUAUAUUUUUAACAAGUAACAAUCUACUGAUUUUA